CAAGAGAACAGAAUGGGAUUCAGACUUUAAGAACAAAAAGCUGCUGUCGGAGAAGCUGAAACCUGGAAGACAGUUUAUUACAGGACAAUGCUUCAAUAUUUCACCAGAAUAUAUAUAUAUAUAUAUAUAUAUAUAGUAAUAAAAAUAAUAAAAUCAAUGUAGGCUAGGAGGUCGUUGGGCCAGAAGUAACAAGAUAUUUCAGCUGUUUUUCACAGGAAGAUGACGCUUGACGGCUUCUGUUUGAGAUGGAAGAUGGAGUCUGGGAGCAGCAGACAGAGAAACAGCUUCAGCUCCUAACUAAUGGAGGAUGAUAUGAAAAAGAGUUUUUAACAGAAGAGGAAACAGUUUUUAACAGUUUGACCAGUGUGGACGCAGCAGCUGGUGUUUUUAACAGACUCAUGUUUGUCUUAACAGAACAGCUGAGUUUCUAACACACUCAAAGCUGACUUAAUUACCAAAGGAUGAUUUUUCAAAGCAGCGUCAGAAGAUGAUGACGCUUUAAUGAAGACGUAGGUGCUGUUUGAGCGUGUCUUGUCCCAGAAGAUGAAGUUCAGCAGCCGCCUGUGCACCCUGAACGUGGGUGGCCGCCGCUUUAGCUUCGCGGCCGAGCUGAUGCAGCGCCUGCCUCUCAGCAGACUCAGCCGGCUGCAGCGCUGCGGGUCGGAGAGCGAGCUGCUGGAGCUCUGCGACGACUACGACCGCGACAGCAACGAGUUUUUCUUCGACCGCCACGCGGAGGCCUUCAGCUUCAUCAUGCUGUAUGUGCAGCACGGGACGCUGCGCCUGCUGCCGCACAUGUGCGAGCUGUCCUUCUACAACGAGAUGUUGUACUGGGGCCUGGACAGCGCCGACCUGCAGCUGUGCUGCCAGCGCCGCCUCGACAGCCGCAUGUCCGAGAGCUUCAACCACAUCUUCCCAGAGGAGGUGCUGCCCCGCCCCCGAGAGGAGCCGCGGGGCACUAAGGGGGCGUGGAGACGCUGGCUGGACACGGUACGGAGGACGUUCGAGGAACCAACAUCCUCGCUGCUGGCUCAGGUCCUCGCCUCGGUGUCCAUGCUGUUUGUGGUCAUCUCCAUGGUGAUGCUGUGUGCCAGCACCUUACCAGACUGGAAGAGUGCAGAGGCCCUGGACCAGCACAGGAUCAUUGAGGCAGUGUGUAUCGGUUGGUUCACGGCGGAGUGCAUCGUGCGUUUUCUGGUGUCUCGGGACAAAUGUGAGUUUGUCCGUCGUCCUCUGAACGUCAUCGACCUGCUGGCCAUCACGCCGUACUACGUCUCUGUUGCUGUGACGAUGCUGACGGGGGAGAACUCCACGCUGCAGCGGGCCGGCGUCACGCUGCGCGUCCUGCGCAUCAUGCGGAUCUUCUGGCUCAUCAAGCUGGCGCGUCACUUCGUGGGUCUGCAGACGCUCGGCCUGACGCUGCGGCGCUGCCACCGCCAAAUGGUGACGCUGCUCGUCUUUAUUGGCGUCGCCAUGGCAAUCUUCAGCGCGCUGGCCCAGCUGCUGGAGCACGGCCUAGACCCCGAGGCCGGGAACCAAGACUACGCCAGCAUCCCCGCCGCCUGCUGGUGGGUCAUCAUCUCCAUGACGACGGUGGGGUACGGGGACAUGUUCCCGGUGACGGUGGCGGGCCGCGUGCUGGGCGGCGUCUGCGUGGUGAGUGGCAUCGUUCUGCUGGCCCUGCCGAUCACCUUCAUCUACCACAGCUUCAUCCAGAUCUACAGCGAGCUCACCCUGCGCGCUGCACGCCGCCGCCGGACCGCUGCCGAGUUCACCGACUGACCGACGAGUUCACCGACUGACCGACGAGUUCACCGACUGACCGACGAGUUCACCGACUGACUGACGGCUGCCGAGUUCACCGACUGACCAACGAUUUCACCGACUGACCGACGGCUGCCGAGUUCACCAACUGACCGACGGCUGCUGAGUUCACCGACUGACCAACGAUUUCACCGACUGACCGACGGCUGCCGAGUUCACAAACUGACGACGGUGCCAAGUUCACCAACUGACCGACGGCUGCUGAGUCACCGACUGACCAACGAUUUCACCGACUGACCCACGGCUGCCAAGUUCACCGACUGACCAACGAUUUCACCGACUGACCCACGGCUGCCGAGUUCACCGACUGACCAACGAUUUCACCGACUGACCACGGCUGCCGAGUCACCGCUGACCUACGGAUGCCGAGUUCACCGACUGACCAACGAUUUCACCGACUGACCCACGGCUGCCGAGUUCACCGACUGACCCACGGCUGCCGAGUUCACCGACUGACCCACGGCUGCCGAGUUCACCGACUGACCAACGAGUUCACCGACUGACCCACGGCUGCCGAGUUCACCAACUGACCCACGGCUGCCGAGUUCACCGACUGACCAAAGAGUUCACCGACUGACCAACGAGGUCACCGAUGACCCACGGCUGCCGAGUUCACCGACUGACCAUGGCUGCCGAGUUCACCAACUGACCCACGGCUGCCGAGUUCACCGACUGACCAACGAUUUCACCGACUGACUAACGAUUUCACCGACUGACCGACGGCUGCCGAGUUCACCAACUGACCGACGAUUUCACCGACUGACCAACGAGUUCACCGACUGACCAACGAUUUCACCGACUGACUAACGAUUUCACCGACUGACCGACGGCUGCCGAGUUCACCGACUGACCAACGAUUUCACCGACUGACUAACGAUUUCACCGACUGACCGACGGCUGCCGAGUUCACCAACUGACUGACGAUUUCACCGACUGACCAACGAGUUCACCGACUGACCAACGAUUUCACCGACUGACUAACGAUUUCACCGACUGACCGACGGCUGCCGAGUUCACCGACUGACCAACGAUUUCACCGACUGACCAACGAGUUCACCGACUGACCCACGGCUGCGAGUUCACCAACUGACCACGGCUGCCGAGUUCACCGACUGACCAACGAGUUCACCGAAUGACACGGCUGCCGAGUUCACAACUGACCCACGGCUGCCGAGUUCACCGACUGACCAACGAUUCACCGACUGACCGACGGCUGCCGAGUUCACCGACUGACCGACGGCUGCCGAGUUCACCGAUGACCCACGGCUGCCGAGUUCACCAACUGACCCACGGCUGCCGAGUUCACCGACUGACCAACGAUUCACCGACUGACUAACGAUUUCACCGACUGACCGACGGCGCCGAGUUCACCAACUGA